AUGAACCACGUCGCUCACUGGAAUGGCCAGGCACGCGACGCUGUGGUGACGGCUGCUGUGGCUGCCCAGGGUGCAGGCGACAGACUCACCCUUGCGGUCAUAUUCACUGAGAUCAUCGAGGCGUCUACGGGCCAGCUGCUAGACGCUGGUGAACUGGGAUCCAUAGUACGCGACAUCACAUCCGCCCCGGCUGACGACCAGCUCGACCCAGUCUCGACGUUUCUCGACACGCUGAGCACGCUCAGCACGCUCACGCAGGAUGACAGCAAACACGCGCUCGUACGGCAAAUGCUUGUCGCAACCGACAUCGAGCCCGCGCGCAUGCGAGCCGAGCUGGAGAACGACCUCUUAAAGUCCCUAGGCCUCGUCCGCGAUAGCUUCUCCAAGAUGGCCGUUCGCAAAGCAACCCACGCCCUGUACCGACAGUCCAACUACAACCUCCUCCGCGAAGAGACCGAGGGCUACUCCAAGCUCAUGACCGAGUACUUCACCACCGUGAACAACGAACCGCCUACACAAGAAGUCGUCGCCGAGACCUGGCAACGGGUGAAUGCCUUCAUCGGCGCAUUCGAUCUAGACAUUGGAAGAGUCCUCGACGUGACACUGGAUGUGUUUGCAAACCUUCUUGUCAAGCACGGCAGGUUCUUCGUCAAGUUGUUGCGAACGAGCGCAUGGUGGCCCGAGCUACGUGGUUUCGACAACAUUACCUGGGACGAGGCCGAAGUACCCACACUUCCUCAAUGGGCACGACCCGAUGCGAAACAGUGGUACUACACCGAUGAAGAGAAGGAUGAACAAUCACGGCUACGAGAGUCGCGCGAUCGCAAGUUCUGGCAGCGUGUUGGCGAGUUGGGUGACAGGGCAGGCAUCCAGGCAUACUUUGAGCUUGGAAGCCGUCGUAUCACUGCGAACAACCGGCAGCCGGACCAGACAUUACCCGCAGAGGGCGCGACGCUGUCGAAUCAGCAGGCAGCUCGGAAAUGGGCCGACGAGUGGAUGGAGCAGACCAAGACACUCCCUCCCUCAGGAAACAGCAUCGCCGCUCAACUGCUUGGCUUCAAGCUUCAGUUCUACGCAUCCGAUGUCCGCGAUGCCUCCGACGAACUCCCCGAGAACCUCAUGUAUCUGAUUGCGCUUCUGAUCAAGAUUGGCUUCAUUUCCAUGCUGGAUCUCUACCCACAUCUGUAUCCUCUAGAGGAAGACAUGGCUGCACACAAAGACAAGCUACUCAAGGCCAAGAAAGAGAAGGAAGACAGUGAACGAGGUGCAGUCGCCAAUGCGCUGACAAUGGCCGGCGCACUGCCCGACGAGACCCCCGGCCCGCCAGCUGUUUCGCGUCUUAGAGAUGCUGAGAGCAGGUCCAAGUCGGAUACUGCACGAACCACGCCUGCCAAGUCUGACGAGCCCACUGAUAAGAAGAAGGCCCUACCCGAGCCCAAGGACCAAAAGUUCACCCUCUUGAAGAGUUUACUGUGCAUCGGCGCACUACCGGAAGCUCUGUUCAUCCUGGGACGGCAUCCUUGGAUGCUCGACGUCUACCCCGAGCUGCUGGACCUUAUCUUCCGUCUGGCGCACCACUCUCUGAGCAAGGUUUACGAAGAAUCAAGGCCAGCUGUAGCCGAAGAAACCGUCAUCGCUACCAAGGGUGCUGGCAACCGGGGUAUUAUGAGGCCAAGCGAUUACGUUCCUCGACGAACUCUACGAUGGGCCAAGCCUGACAAGAAGGAUCAAGAUGGGGGAAUUGAUUACAAGUUCUAUUGGGAAGACUGGGUCGACAGCGUCCCCGUAUGCCAAGAGGUGGACGAUGUGAUCAAGCUCUGCACCAGCCUAUUAGGUUUGGUGGGACCAGAGUGCGGCAAGGACAGUGUUCUCCUGACCAAGAUCAUACGUAUCGGAAAAAAGAACCUAGCGGACAACCCCUCUGAAGCGAAUCGUAAACGCUGGGUCGACUUUUCAGCAACCUUCAUUGCACCCGCAAUCACCUUCACCGGCAGGAAUCCUGGAGUCAUCAAUGAGGCUUGGGAUUUGUUCAGACAUUUCGACACAGCUACUCGGUAUACCAUCUAUCAGCAGUGGUUCAACGGAAUGCUCAAGCCGGUGAUCAAGACAGCUUUCAAGCAAGUCGAAGUCGAAACCAGGAAGACCCUGAGUCGCGUUUCCGCCACCAACACGAAAGAGUACGGUCGUAAGAUUGCCAAGAUCUCGUAUGCCAGCCCCGGAAUCGUCUUCAGGACCACAGUCAAGCAGUUGGUCAACUACCCCAACAUGAUCACUGCUUUGGUAGAGUGCAGCAGGUAUCUUACCUUACUUGGAUACGACGUCCUGACCUGGACGCUGGUUACAUACCUUCUGAGCCCUGACAAAGAGUCAAAUCAAGAAGAUGGUAUGCUUUCUGCGCCGUGGCUGAAGAAUAUUGCUACAUUUGUCGGCAAAGCUUACGCAAGAUACAACUUGAUGGAUCCUGUUCCAAUUCUGCAGCUCACGACGCACCAACUUCUGAACGCCCAAGGCGAGCUGUAUAUGUUGGACGUUCUUGAGCAGAUGGUCAAGUCCAUGGGUGGCAUCAGCCUUAGCGGAUCCGUCUCGGAGUCGAUGGCUCUUGCGCUUUGUGCAGGCCCUGCGCUCCGCACUUUCACCUUGCAGUAUCGCCUAGCCGACAACCGUACCCAGGCUGCUCCUUCAGCAAGGCGUCUGGUCAGGUGUCUAAAAGAGACGGGUCUGGGACCACAAAUUCUCAUCGCGCUUGCGCAGCACGUAGAGGCGUACAUUCACCGCAACGACCAGCUCGAUGUACCCGACAAGCCUGUCCUUUUCACCGUCGACAAGUUGCGCUCCGACAUGCUCCAGUAUAUGGAGCUCCUCCGAACAUAUCUCCCUGUGGACGACUUUGACGCUGUCUUCCCUUCUCUGGUAGAGAUGAUAGCGGACUACCACAUCGCGCCAGAUGUCGCUUUUACCAUUGCUCGUACGAGCAUAGCAGCCAAGGCCAAUGCCUUCCGGGUUGAGCAACGCUCGAAGUUAGUUCCCGAUGCGCAGACGAAUGGCGAUAUCGCCAUGAGUGGUGUGGAUGAAGCGCCAGCCGUUAACGGAGAGCAAGAGGCAUCGAAAGCAACCGAAGACGUGGAAAUGAAAGACUCCGCCGCGCCUGCAGAGUCUACUGGUGCUACAUCGGAUAAGCUAUCUUUGGCCGAUGUACCAAACGCAGAGAUUGAAGGUCUUGCGAGCCAGCUCAAACAACAGCUACCCGACGCCUUCGGCGACUAUCCUUGCCUGUCCUAUUACGUCACCUUCUGGCAGUUGUCUCUGCCAGACGUUGUCGCUGAUGCCGAGAGUAUCAAGCAGCUGUACAAGGAGUCGAUCGAGAAUUUGGAGCGACAGCUGCCCGCCCCUGUUCCCGAGCGCCGCGGCUACCGACCCAAUGUACCCAAAGCUGAUUCCGAAGCAACGAAGGGUAUCAAGGAGAACAUUGCCAGGCUCAAGGAAGAGCAGCAAACUGUCACUAAGAACCACGCUGCGACGCAGGAUAGUCUCCGCGUUGAGUUGCGCCGAUGGUUCGAGGGCAUCCCAAUGAUGGGUCCGCAGUGCGACCUCCUGCACAACGCUCUACUCCAGGAUUGCUUCAUUCCUCGCAGUCGCAUAUCUCAAGAAGACGCACAGUAUGCGUUCUCCAUGCUCAUUUUCAUGCACAGCUCAGGCGUGCCGGGAUUCCGCAUGAGCAGAUUACUGGAUAUGCUCUUCAACGCCAACAGACUUACGUCCAUCAUCAGCAUGUACACCGAAGCAGAGUCCUCAUCUUUCGGCCGUUUCCUCGGUGGCAUCCUGCGUGAAUUGCAGAUUUGGCAGGAAAACAAAGACGAUGCUUUUGUCAAGCGCGCCCAAGGUUCAGAGAAGAACCUUCCUGGCUUCGGCAGGGGCUACGACGGAGAACGAAACCCGACAAGCUUCUUCACGUACGAUCAGUUUUGCAUGGUCUUGUUUAAGUGGCAUAAGGCUCUCGCGGCUGCGCUCAAGACAUGUCUGGAGAGUGGGGACUAUAUGCAGAUGCGUAACGCCAUCAACGUCCUUCACGCGCUGGGUACCAAUUUCCCCAGAGUCAAGAGCCUGGGCACUGAGCUGAAGGAGACGGUUGCUCACCUGAAGGAGGCAGAGGAGAGGCAGGAUCUCAAGAGAGCUUUGGAAUCUGUUCUUGGUCCCAUCCUCAAAGGAGAGAAGCUCUGGCAGGAGGACCAUGUCUUCCGCAACGUGAGUUCAUCUCCAUCGACACGUCCACGACAGCGAACUAAUACGCCUCAGGUACCGGCGCCCCCUGGACUUCCGACAAACGGAAGUGAAAAGUCGACUGCGGAGAAGGGCAAGACUCCACAGCCACAGGACACGAAGCUCGACGCAUCUGCGCCUGCCUUUAAGCCAAAGCCCGAAACGUAA